AACCAUAGACAUUUUGACUUCUACAAGAGGUUCCGAAAAGAUUGGUGGAUUGCCUGUGUAGAUUUCGGUGUGUGGAUUGAAAUGUCGGAUAUCGGCAGCGGUGACGAAGGGAUUUCUAGUCAGAAAUAUCAUGGUCAAGGUAUGGACGCGGGUGGGAAUAAUUUUGACUCCGGUCAACAGCCACAAGAGCAGGAGUUGGCGACGAAAAUGUUACAGAUACAGUCAAAGAGGUUUUACCUCGACGUGAAGCAGAACCGGAGAGGGCGCUUCAUCAAAGUUGCAGAGAUCGGCGCGGACGGGCGCCGAAGCCAGAUCUUCCUGGCGAUGUCCACAGCGGCGGAGUUCCGCGACCACUUGUCCAGCUUUAGCGACUUCUACUCGUCGCUCGGCCCGCCCAACCCCGACAACGUGCCCGACGACGGGAAACUCAAAUCUGAGAUGAUGCUCAAGGACAACCGACGGUACUACCUGGACCUGAAGGAGAACUCGCGGGGGCGCUUCCUGCGCGUGUCGCAGACGAUAACGCGCGGCGGGCCGCGCUCGCAGGUGGCGCUGCCGGCGCAGGGCAUGAUCGAGUUCCGCGACGCGCUGACGGACCUGCUGGACGACUUCGGCACCGACGACGGCGGGUUCAAGGGCGAGCUGCCGGAGGGGCGGCACCUGCGCGUGGACAACAAGAACUUCUACUUCGACAUCGGCCAGAACAACCGCGGCAUCUACAUGAAAGUCAGCGAGGUGGUACCUUCGUUGCAAGUAAAGAGCAACUUCCGCACAGCAAUCACAGUCCCGGAGAAGUGUUGGACGCGCUUCCGUGACAUCUUAGCCGACUACUGCGACAAGAUGAGUCGCGCACACUCCGACUCCGCCGAACACCAUCAGGGCGGAAGCGGUUCGGGGGGCCCGCGGGCCGGCAGCGCGCAGCCCGCCAGGGACGUUGAGCCAUUCGCGGCGGGCGCGCGGAUUUGAUGCGACAGCGUGCCGCACUGAGCGCGCCGCCACACUGCGUGUACAUAGCCCGUCGCCCGACAGUCGCGCGGCCGUCGCGCAGCCGUCGCGCGACCGUCGCGCGAUCGACCAGACGCUUACACCCCUUCACACAAACAAAUACUCCUCCGUGUAAAUACGUGCACACAUCGGGCGGGGAAUUCGUCGAUCGUUUCGGAGCGACACGGCGGACGUCCUCUGUGGAUCGGAUGCGUCGGAAUUCUGUUACUCGCGACUCUAUAUUGUGCGUAGUUGGGAAUUUAAUAUUGACUAGGUAAUGCUUAUACAUCAAUUUUUUUAAUUUAGUCUCGUAAUGGAACAUUUGUUGAUUUCAGCGUUUUCUUCUCUAAGAGUCGGUUUCCACGAAGCGGAGCGGAGAAGAGAUGUGUUCAGUCAACCAAUCGGAUUCUUAAUAGAUGAUGUGAAGAAGUUAUCACGUCAUCCUUAUAAAAUCUGAUUGGUCGACUGAACACAUCUCCACUCUGCUUAGACGAAAACUGGACCUUACGAUUUAAGCACAUCGUCGCAUUCACAUGCAAAACGAUUACCACCUUGAGCUUGUGACGUGCGUCGGUGUCCUGACCUCGACUAAUACAAGUACGUUGGAAUUGCGAUUGCAAACCUGUUGAAGCAACUUGAUUUUCGCCAUUUUGGCGCUAAUAGCAACAGCGAACGUCAUUUUAGUGAUGAGACAUCAGUCAACACAUACACCAUUUUACGCAUAGUCAAUUUUAAGUCUUGGUACGCUCUGUGAAGUUUUUCACACAUUUUCCAGCAUAACUUGUAUAUGUCGGAGGCAUCCCGAACCAUUGGUAGAUGCUUUUGACGAUUCAAAAGUACUUGUAAAAGUCUAAUUGAAUAAAAAUAUUUUGAAUUUUAAAUUUUUUGAAUUUUGCCCAUUUCAAUGGUUGGUGUGCUAAAAGCAUAAAUCCUUGCAAAAAUUGCUAAUACUUUAUAAGUUGAAUUACUUAUAAUUUAUUUUGAUUAUGUUGAUGAAAUACAAUCUAAACAAUACUUCAAUCAACUAACGCAAUACAUCAUCGUUUCGGAAUAAUAAUUUGAAUCGUAGUUUCCUAAAUUUUAUAUUCUGUAUUUCAUUAACAACAAUCAGGGAAGUUGUGACUCCUUUUGAAAAGUCAGUUCAAAAUGACUGUCCAUUAUGUAUAACGUGAAAAGUAGAAUUUUCGCCAAACUAUGUUAUGGUUACAUAGAGUCAAUACAGAAAUCAAAAAUUUAGGACUAUCUAACAAUCAUUUUGAUUAAUUCUUUGAUAUAAAUAAUACCAAUUGUUAAUUCAUUGGAAUUAUUUAGUAUUUGUAAAAUAUAGAGUUGCAGUAACAAUAAUUCGUACGCGUUUGAUGCACAGAAGACGUUUGAGUCCGUCUCUGUAUAUGUGAAAUUUAGCUACCGAAGCCAUUUCGGUAUAAGUCAUAUUAUAAAUAUUUGAUUUUCGUUUCGUUAAGUUUCAACUGAUUUCUACCGGGGAACGAUUGUAAGCAGUGACAAGGUUCGGUUUUGUGCGAAAUUAAAACUAUAAGGUUAUCGAGGCAUCCUCAGCGGUAGUUUUGUAAAAUAAAACAUAAUAAAUGAUAAAAUUACGGGAGAUAAAAUAAUGUAAUGCCACUUAUCUAGUUAGUAGGUAUAUGUGUUUUUUAUUAUCAUGAUUGUUUAAUUUUAGCGUUUUUGUCUGUUUACAUUGAUUGAAAUGUUUGAACAGGCACGGGAGGGGAUUUCCGAGGGUAGAAUAAUUUCCUUGCCUUUAGACACUGAUAUAAUAACUGAACUACUUUUUUUAACUUUCUUUUUAAACUUUUUUAAAGCUUCUUUAUUGACUAGCGCUAAUAAAAUAAGCUGACCUUUUGAGAUAAUAAGGGGCCGAGUCAAUGGCCCACAAAAUAAAUUACAUGAUUAAAAAGCUCUUCAAAAUAUAAAGGAAAUAUAAAGUGAUAACUGAGAGAUACUUUUACUUCUGUCAGUUUGGUUGAACUGAACUGUUGUAGAUAAUGUUCAACUGAGUCGUAAAAUGUAUACAAGAGUAUCAGCCAUUAUCACGCUACCUAAUAUAGAGCCGGAAUCCACCACGCUUGGGUAUUGAAAUGAUUCUAGCCUCGGCAAGUCUGGGGGACAGAUUGGCACCGGGUGUUUGCAGGCGCGUAAUACAUCUGCUGUUUGUCGACACGCUUCGGGAGUGAAUUGGGGAGGAAAGAGGAGUGAAUGGAAAGUGUAGGGGAGUUAUGGGAAGUGGAAGGGUAUCGAGGGAGGUUCUGAGGGAGUGUUGGGAGUGAAGAAGCAAGUGGAGGGGAGGGUGUCGGCUAGGCGGCGACACUCAAUCGUCAGGGGGGAGCGUACUGCUGUGAUAUUGUCGUAGGCGGGACGGGCCGCGGCCGCAUUGUAGCUUUAUAUACCCUUAUAUAUAACUUUAUACCCUUACAUAUACUUUUAUACCCUAACUUAAGUUUGACGUCUGACGUCAUCCCGGAUUAAAUCCAGAGCGCUUAGAGCGCAAACUGUUGGCGAAAAACUCCAAGAGUUUCAUUUUGUACUUUAAAAAGACGGAUGUCUAAAAAAUUUUUGAAAAUUAAAAUAUUUGGCAUUGUCUGGGAGUAGAGUAAAAUUUGAACUGAAAGUUAUACGAAAUAGAGACACAGUUACGCAAUAAUUUAAAACCAAAACUCGAAGAGUUCGUUAAUUUUAAAUGAAUUAAAUCGUUGAUCUUUAUGAUUUAGCAAAAUUUUGUAAAAAAAAAAAAUUUGCGAAAUAUUGGCAUAAUAAAACACGGGAAAGGGUGAGCUUUUUAAUAACGGUAAUUUUGUAAUUUAAAAAAAAAUUAAAAAGUGUCUAUGAAAAGUUAAAUUUUAAUAAUUUUCAAUACUUUAAAGUGUAGUUUAAACAUAAUAUCUUAGGUGCACCAACAGGUGUACUUUAUUAGAGCUUAAAAUGUUUUGGCGGUUUUAUAUUGGCUACAAAACUAAUCUUUGCGUAAUUUUAACGGUGUGUAUCAAACAUAAUAUAAGUGUUUAUAUUCUUAUUCUUAUUUUAUAAAAAAAGACCAAGUGUCUAUAAAAUUAGGAACGAAAUUUUCCACAUUGGCAAUUAUUAUUGGUGAUUUCUAAAUUAAAAAGACUGGCAAAGUUUGAUAAAUCAAAAAAAAAAGUAAUGGGUGGACACAAAAAAAUACUGUGUAUUAAAUAAUUUUAAGCUAACUAUAAUUUUAGGGUUGUUUGAGAGGAAUCGUAAGUAAUAUCUUGGCUUAGGCCGGAGUCUGCAUGGUGAAAUAUUUCUGCGCGAAUAUUUCCGGGGUGAAUCACGUAGCCUUGCAUAGUCAGUAGAGUCGAUACAAGUGAAAACUUAAACAUAUUUUACUUAAAAAUAGUUUAUUUCAUAUAACUUAAGUUUACAGUAACACACAGGUCCGGAGCCUUCUUUUAGGAGUAGGAGCUACUCCUGUGUCAGAAGACUCCGCUCUUCCUAAGCGUUAGCGUGCAUCCGUGUUUGUAUUCAUUUAUUAAAUAGGUUGCGUCAAGGAGCAAAUUUCAAACAUUAAAUAAUAAAUGCAUGUCGGUUAUGCGAUCUUGAAGUUUUCACCUUCCAAAAUCACCCAACGCGCCUAAAAAAGUUCUCAUUUCAAUAACCAUGUAUGUGGGAUUUGGUAGAAAUAUUUCACAGUGCGUUUCCAACGAGUAGGAGAAUGAUUUAUUGAUAUUAGUGUGGGUGUCGGCAAUGUCGACGUGUGGGUGGGUUGUCCGCCUAGUGUGGCCGUGGCUGCGUCCUCUGGAUAGGUUAAGUUGGUUCGUUAGCACCCUGGUGUGGCGCUAGCACUUGUUGGCGAAACCUGAGGAAAUAUCAUUGAUGAAAUUAAUCAUUGAUUAGUAAACACAAAAUUAUAUGAAAAGAAACAGCUUAGUACGAUCUCUUCAAAGAUCAAUUUGGAUACCUAAAAACGUAUUUAAUUUUCGAAUAUUCGCUUUCGGAAGGUUGCCAAUUUAUAUCCUAAUAUAAUCAAUGACAUUGUAAAUAUCAAUCAGACCAAUCAACUGAUGAAAAAAAGAGAUGUCGAUUUUUUUUUUGAUUUUUUCAUGUAUAAAAUAUGGACUUGAGAUCAAAAAUAUCUUUGCCAUAAAUACAAAGAACAUGGAGAAUUAUUUAUAAGUACGAUUUUUUUUUUAUUACCUACAUUUGGUUUCACCAACCAGUGCAUAGCGUUGAGCGUGUGUGCUUGUGUAUAUAAUGUGUGCAUGUGUGCGUGCGCGUAGGCUAGUGUGUGUGACAGAGUCGGGCGUGCCUACUUCUUACUAAUGUAUUUAUAUGCAUCUAUAUUUCGUUUCCUCAUUUUGUGAUUGUCUGUCUGAUCGUUACGACGCGUCGCCGCAACCUUUGCUGUUAGAAUGAACGUGCGUGACCGAUUUUUUUUAAGAAAAUCGAUUUGAAAAAUGAGAUAUCGAUACCAUAAUCAUUUACUUUGCUCGAACAGUACAUGUAUAUUAUGUAUGUUUUCAAAAUAUUUGACGUUAUUUUGACCUAAUUGAAUUUAAUGACCUAUUUUAUGAAAACUCGAUACAGAAAUGAACGGAAUAAUGAUAAAUGUAAACAAAUAUGUAUAGAAAAUGUAACAAAAUUAAAAAAAAACUAUAGUAAAUAUGAUCAUGCGCGUUUGCUCUUGCAGUUUCGUGGCAUAGCGACGUAACAUUUUGUACUCUUAAAAGUUAAAUAAAUAAAUAAAAAAUAUACAAAAAUACAGCAAAAAAAUUUAGGCUGUUAAGAGUUUUACAUUUUAGUAGGUACAUAGUUAUCUACUCAGUCAGUGAGUCAGUUAGUGAUAAAAUCGUUUUAUAUUUUAUUGCGUUACUAAUACAUGUUAAGGACUCCGUUCACUGCUUCGGAUUGUGGAUUUACUGGCGAAUUUGAGGGUACUUUUAAAAAAGAGGCAUUUUUUCAAAUCAAUCACUUAUUUGCUCUAAAUGAAAGAAACAAAGAUAUUACAAUUAUUCAUUAAAUGAUUUUGAAUUAUAUAAAUGAGUAAAUGUACAAUAUUUAAUUGUUAACAAUUAACAAAAUAUAUGAAAGUUUAUUUUCAUAACAAGAUUUAUCUAGGAAUUUCUACGAAUGUAUUAUUUUCUUUACAUAUAAAAAUAUGUUAUAUGGUAAAUCCUAUUUCUAUGAUGAAUUGAUUUUUUUUUUCUAAUAAUAUCUAAUUGAAUUUAUACUUUUUGAAAUUAUUUAAUUAAUAAAUGAAUCCCACUUUUGAUCUUUUAAGUUAUUUGGUAUUUACCAUUAAUGCCCGCCAUUUUAAAUCCACGUUCAAAAGCAGCGAGUAUUUGUUAUUAAGUUAAUUAAUUUACGCUUUCCCGUGCUUCGCUUCGUUUCGUAUCGGUUCGCAUCGCUUCGCCGGUUCCGGCUGCCGACUAAAAUUGAACCUUAUCACGACAUCGAUAUAGUUUAAAAUCCAUUGUACUGUGUAAAUAUCGUCAUCCGUAUUAUGUUCCCGAAAAUACGACACUGUUCUCGAUAAAAACUGUAAUCAUAAGUAUGAUUUUAUGAUAUUAUAUUUGAAUUUUUGUAAUUGACAGUGCCAUCUGUCAACACUAUUUUUUAUUGUUCUAUGCAGCUCGUUCGUUGUAUUAAGUUAAAGUUACAGAAUGCAAAAUAGCCUAAACUAGUUGCAAUAAAAAUGUAAACUCCUAAGGCUGAGACCUGUAGAGCGGACUUUGCUCAGACUGAAGACACUGGUGAAACGAGACAGCGGUAUAUCAUUAACAUAAAUCUGUCUCGUUUUAACUAAAACUUAAGUCUGAGCAAAAUCAAACUUCUCUCUAGAGAGUGUACUUUAACUUGGCUUAGAUUUUACUUAAGAGUUCAAACGAGACAGAGACAUAAACCUGUCCCGUUUUAACUCUAAAUAAAUUCUAUAUAGAUCUCAGCCUAAAAAUAUAGAGAUUUCAUUUUCGUAUAACUACAUAGUUUAUGAUAGUAUGCGUCCUGAAACUAGACACAAAUUGUAUAUUUAUUUGAUAGUCUGUACCCGACCAUCGAAACGCUAACAACCGUGUUACGGUUACGAAGUACAUACUGACAUAUAUACAUACUACAUAUUUUAUAUAAAUCAUUGUUUUUACUUUAGAUAAACUCUGUCCUGUUUUAGCAGCUAUUAUAAUAUAAUUCGUUGCCUAGAUUUUUUGGUCUGUAAAAGUAUACUUAGAGAUAAUUCUAUUUUCAUGUUUUCUUUAUAGGGACUAAAGACAUUGUAUUACAGAUUUUUAAUCCUCAAUACUAUUUUUUUUCGACAGCAUCGUAAUGUGUACCUAAUUGUAAAGCAUUAGUACUACGUGCGAGGUGCUUCCACACUUGACGUUAUGUCAGUAACGUUCGACUCUCGUGAUCUGUGGAAGCUGUCGUGGUAGGAUUUUAAAUGUAACUUAGUGUAUCGUCGCCCUAAUGAUCCAUAGGCAUAGUUCGACUUCUUAGAUUGCAUCUUGGAAAAAUAAAAUACAAACACCAAAAUUGUAAGAUUUCAAGUCAACAAAUCUAAUGUAACAUUGGAGUUGAAUUUAUCUGUCAAAUUUGUAUGGAUAUGUAAAUCAUGAGUAUGAAAUGACAGAUUUACGUCUUCUUCAGUGAAACGUUUCUUUGAGCACUUGAAAUGUUCCAAUAAAUUGUCAGAACAAUACACUCGUAGAAUAAGAUCGGACAAAUACGAUGCAGUCUAAAACGGUCCUUCGGUUAGGUUAAUUUACAGUACAUUCUCCCUCGAACCCCUUUAAUAGAGUGGGAUAAGUUGGUGACGUCCGAUAACGUUUAAAAUAUAGAAGAAAAAAAAAGUAAAAAUACCUAUAUAAAUCACACUACACUAUACGAAUAAAUAAAUAAAUAGUAAAUAUAUUUCGGAGCCGGAGCGGCGUUCUCGUUCUAUCGUAAGUUUAGGAUAGUUUUCUUUGUGACCGGGAGUCGGCGAAACCGCGCGUAUCGGGCGAGGAAGUCGAGCCGAACGGAGCCGAGCGUGGCUCGUGUCUGUUCGCGUUCGCUCGUGUCUGUUCGCCAUCGCUCGUCUUGUCUCGCUCGGCGGCGGGCGCGGGCCGCGCUGCGAACCUCGUCCGGUGUUCGUACCGCUUGUCUGUUGAGGGCUCGCGGGGAGGCCCCCGUGCCCCCGGGCCCCUCAAGCUCCACGGGAGCCUCAGGAUGCCUCCCCGCGACUAGUGGCUUAAUUUUAACAACAAUUUAUGGUACAAAAUAUAAAUAAUUUUAGUUCCAUAGACGUUUAAGAUUUACAGAGUUUAUAUUUAGAAGAGAUUAAAUAAAUGAAUAAAUAAAAAAAGAAAUAUAUUCGUCGCUGCUACGAUGUGGUUUAAUUGAAGAGUAUAGUAUCGUGGAGAUGUUUGCGUGGUUAUAUAUAUCGUAUCGUAUCGUCAUAGUGUGAGUUAGUGUCGCGUGCCAUUCGUCGGCAAUAGGCAGUAGUGUGUGGUGGGUGUAACGCUACGGGAUUUUGAUUUUCGGAAUUUGUGUUCUGUCGGCCGGCGGGCCCUUCCGAACCCUUCCUCGUUGCCUCAAGACUGACGUCGCCCGAAGUUCCAACUUCCCUGGAUAGCUUACAACUAUAGCUUUGUUUUAGUGCCUAGAUCGUAAAUGUACUGGCUAAGUAACUUGAUAAUAAAUUGACCGUCAGUAGAUCGUCCAUUUUCUUCUAGUCAAAUUAUAUAUCUGUUACUUUGCGGUUCUUUCCUCGUCCUUCGUCCAACAGAAAGCCAAAUAAACAAAAACUGCUAGCCAUGUCAUAAAAGGACUAAAACAUUGCUACGUGUUAAACAUGAUUCCAGGUCAACUGGAACUACUCUAUAGGUUUUGAUUUCCUUCACAUUGACAGACACGACAGACAGACGAAGUGAUCCUAUAAGGGUACUUUUACUGGAGAUACCAAACCCCAACAAAAUUGGGGCUGGAAUUAGCUUCAGUAGUUUCCCCGCCGUUGUAGGUGUGUUUUGUAACUCGGUCGCGCUAAGUUUGCACCUCGCUGGAGUGCGGUGCCGCUGCCACUUGCCCGCGGUCGUCUUGUCGGUCGGUACGGUUCGCAAACCGUACCUAAACGUCAGGGUGACGUAAUCGACGCGAGGUGCAAACUUUGCUUGGCCGAGUAGUACGGUAUAGAUAACGUGGUGUAGGCCCGCCGGCGGCGCCGAGUGCUCGAAGCUGCCUCCUGUGAUACCUCGCCCCGCGGCCCCGCCCCCGCACCCCCGCGCGGCCCUCGCCUCCCGGCUCUGUUCAUCGCUUUAUUAUUGUUUUGUGUAAUGUUCGUUGCGACGUGCUGGCAGAUAAACAUAGGUUUAGUCAUUGACCUUUCUUUUUUUUUUGUUAUUGGGUAGGAAAUCUUAAGAUACCCUAGCUAUGACCUUAAAACCCUUCGUGGCCGCGUAUAUUGGGAGGUUCUAAGAUGGAGAAUGGGGUUUCCUCCCACACGCUCAUAUCACUCUUAAUGUUGACAUAAUCUCAAAUCUCAACAACAAAAUUAUAAAAAAGGAGACCAUAAAAGUAGAUUUUUAAAAAGUGUUGUAAUGCAGACAAAAUAAAUUUCAAGUCCACAAAUCUAAGUCUUGUUCAGACAAACUGUGUUUGGAUGCCAACACCUCGCUGAAAUCAGUCUGGACGUUUAUCUUAGCGGCUCUCAAGGUACGCGUUGUCUCACGGUCGAUUCACUUUGUGCGUGCAAUUGUUUUCUAAUUACAGUGUCUGCUAAACUUAAAUGCGCUUCUGAUGUUAGCCAGUCUUUAUUCAGUCCACAAUUUAUUUUAAAUAUACUUUUCUCAAAUUGAAAUAUGAUCUUCCAUCGUUUUACAGGAAGAUAUCUUUGACUGCGCUAUAUCUUAACAUCUGGUGAGAACGUGCUAACUUUGACAACCCUAAUAUUAUGACCUUCGUAUACCUUACUCUUGAAUAGGUCAGUCUUUUACUACUUUUUAAAGGGCACCUUAAAAAUUUUACUGUGAAAAAAGUACUGAUUCUCUAUAUUAUAGUACUUAUUGAAGUUGUAUUAAAGCGCACUUUGUAAUGAUAUACUUACAAAAAAGUUAAGUUUAAAGUUACAAAUUGCAAGUUGCUGUACAAAUCUCAGCCUUAUAGUUAUGUGACCCAAGUGCGCAUUUAAGCUUGGCUCACUGUACGGCUUUAACACUGCCACUGACGAUUUUACGAACGAACCAACGCUAAAGACAUUAACAUUUCGCAUUUAUUUAAUAAGUAUAGCGUUAAAUCUAAUUUCAUAUUUUCAUAUAGUUUAAUAUAUUAAUUCUGAGUAUUAUGCGUUGCUUUGAGUUGUAUGUGUGUGGUUUAAAUAUAGGUUAAGACGAUGCCAUACAUAUUACACGCGACGCGCCUGAUAUAAUGCGACGCGCUGUGAUUCAAAUCAAAUCUGAGCAUUUUCUAUGUCCAGAAUCACGUGAUUUUAGUAAUAGACAAGCCUAUCGGUAAUAGUCUGAACAGACAGUCGUUUGUGAUUCGCCACAUACCUAACCCUAUUUAUUAGACAUUAAGGUUCAUAUUACGAAAGUAAACUUUAACAGACGAUCGAAUAUGAUCCGGCGUACCGAAUGCUGUCCGCCAUUUUGUAAGUUUCCUAUUAAGUCCUAUAGAAUAGGGUUCGCAUUGACCUUUGUCCCAUAAUACAUAAAAUAAUUCCAUUAGAUUAUCCUGAAUACGCGUUGCGUUUCGUUGUUUGCGUUGCGUGUGUUAAGUAUGCUUCCGUUACAUUUGGAACGUUACUUUGAGAGUCUGGUCGCGAGUGUGUAGGCUAAAGUGAUAGUCAAUUAUUAUAAAUAUUCAUUACUCAUUCGCUUCGUUCACGUCACAUAUGUAAAAAAUCAAAAGUACCCUCAUCAAACACAAACAACACAUCAAAGCACACCUUAAAUACAAAAAAAAAACAUUAAUAUUUAAUGAAGGACUACUUAAAAAACUCUUUUGAAAUAUACCACCGCUAUUUCUGAUUCAAUUUCUAUUAAGAAACCGAAAGAAACAUCAAUAAACAAUCACUUUAAACUUCAGAUGUGCUUAAGAAUUAAUUGGCGGUUAAGUAAAUUAGAAGGAAGGUAUUCUUGCAUACGCAUGCGAUUAAGUCUACAAGAUAAUAGGUGUCAUUUGAAAAAAAAACUUAAAUAAGUAGCUUGUAUAGAUUUUAAGGUUUAAGGUAAAGUAAAAGUAAUUCUCUCUUAGGAUUUCCGGAAAGCGGAUGUCUGAUUUGCAAGAAUAGCUUCUAGAGCCAUGAUUCUCUUUAACAUUGGCUCAAAGUAAAGUCUUGAUAAAUUGAUACAAUGGCUCGGCUAAGUUACAGUAGUCAUAUGGUACGGCUUGAUUGUCGAGAUUUGGCAAAUGAUUUGAGUUCGGCCAACGAUUAUUCGACAUUCGGCAAAUUAACUGGCCACACUAUUCGGGACACGGCAAACGUCUUGUGUUUGGCGAAUUUUUGGAUAAGUUUGACAAAUGAGACGGCCGGUAGGCGCGAUACAGACAGUAAUAGUCCUCCCUGUGGUGUAUUAGAUAUAUCCCG